UCUGACGAGUCAGCACCUCGGGGGAGACCAUCCCCCACACCCUCCACCUGUCACAGCUCAGCAGCCCGGCCACCCUUGCUGCGCCUGACGGUCCCAGGGGCCUCCGCCCUCGGCUCUAGACCCGCGCCCCCUGCCAGCCUCCCAUGCCCAGGUCCGCCUUGUCCGUCAUCUCCUUCUGUCACUGGUUUGGCAAACAGGAGAGAAAGCAGAGCUUCAUGGGAAACCACAGCAACAGUUGGUCUCACACACCCUUCCCCAAGGUGGAGCUGAGCCUGGGGGCCCGGCACGCGGCGCCCCGCGAGCCCCCCGCCUGCGGCAUCUGCCUGGAGCGGCUGCGCGAGCCGGUCUCGCUGGACUGCGGCCACGACUUCUGCGCGCGGUGCUUCAGCACGCACCGGCCGCCCGGCGGCGAGCGGCCCCGCUGCCCCGAGUGCCGCCAGGCGUGCGCGCGCCGGAAGGGCCUCCGCGGCCUGCGCGACAGGAUGAAGGGCCUGCUGCGGGGGCCCCCCCCCGCGGCCGCGCAGGAGGCCUGUGCCACGAGGACCGAGCCCCUUCUGCUGGUGCGCAUCAGCGCCUCCGGAGGCCUCAUCCUGCGGAUGGGGGCCAUCAACCGCUGCCUGAAGCACCCCCUGGCCAGGGACACCCCCGUCUGCCUCCUUGCCGUGCUGGGGGAGCAGCACUCAGGGAAGACCUUCCUCCUCAACUGCCUGCUCCAGGGGCUGCCGGGCCUGGAGUCCAGUGAAGGCGGCUGGCUGAGAGGAGGGGGCUCCCUGGAGGGGCCCCGAUGGGGCGCCAGCGGUCUCAGCAGGGGCAUAUGGAUGUGGAGCCACCCCUUCCUGCUGGGGAAGGAGGGGAAGAAGGUGGCUGUGUUCCUGGUGGACACGGGGGACGCUAUGAGCCCUGAGCUGAGCCGGGAAACGAGGACGAAGCUCUGUGCGCUCACCAUGAUGCUGAGCUCCUACCAGAUCCUCAACACUUCCCAGGAGCUGAGGGAUACAGACCUAGAAUAUCUGGAGAUGUUUGUCCAUGUGGCUGAGGUGAUGGGCAGGCAUUAUGGGAUGGUGCCAAUCCAGCACCUGGAUCUCUUAGUUCGCGACUCAGUCCAUCCCAACAAGGCAGGGCAGGGGCACGUGGGCGAUGCCCUCCAGAAAUGUGGCAAAUACCCCAGGGUCCGGGAGCUGCUGCAAGGGCGGCAGGCCCGCUGCUACCUCCUGCCCUCCCUGAGGAGACGCUGGGCCCGCGGAGACCAGGGAAAAAUGUCUCCCGCAGACACAGAGGAUGAUUUCCGCCAUCUGCGAGCCUACGUUGCGGACGUGCUGAGCGCCGCGCCCCAGCACGCCAAGAGCCGUUGCCAGGGAUACUGGAGUGAGGGACGCCCGGUGGCCAGGGGGGACAGCCGCCUGCUCACAGGGCAGCAGUUAGCUCAGGAAAUCAAGAACCUCUCGGGCUGGAUGGGGAGGACCGGGCCCGGCUUUGCCUCUCCGGAUGAGAUGGCUGCCCAGCUGCAUGACCUGAGGAUGGUGGAAGCUGCCAAGAGGGAGUUUAAGGAGUACGUGCGGCAGCAGGACAUGGCCACCAAGCGCAUAUUCUCUGCGCUCCGGGUCCUGCCCGAGACCAUGCGGAACUUCCUCUCUGCCCAGAAAGACGCCAUCCUGGCUCGCCAUGGAGCAGCCUUGCUGUGCCAGGAGAGAGAGCAGGCCUUGGAGGCCCUGGAGGCCGAGCUGCAAGCCGAGGCCAAGGCCUUCAUGGAUACCUACACCAUGCGCUUCUGUGGCCACCUGGCUGCCGUGGGGGGCGCCGUGGGGGCCGGGCUCAUGGGCCUGGCCGGGGGCGUGGUGGGCGCGGGCAUGGCCGCAGCGGCGCUGGCUGCAGAGGCUGGGAUGGUGGCUGCUGGAGCUGCGGUGGGGGCCACGGGGGCCGCUGUGGUCGGGGGCGGUGUGGGUGCUGGGCUGGCUGCCACUGUGGGCUGCCUGAAGGAGGAAGAGGAGGAGAGGGUGCAGGAAGGGGACCGAGAGCCCCUCCUCCGGGAAGAGUAACAGCCCCUGGGAGGCAGUGAAAAGAGGGAGAGUUCGAAGGGGGAGGGAAGGAAGUUGGGGGGUUGGUACUCUGAGGACCCCCAUGUUCUGCUCUUCCCUGGCUGAGGGCCUGGUGUCUGCGUGGCUGACUGCGCCGAAGAAUCCAGGUGGCCCCCGGAGCCCUGGCGGGGUUCCAGGGGCCAGGAAGCAGUUUUCAGGGCACUAAAUAGAAUAUAGGCCUGUUUUCGGUUGCAGAUAAUCGCUAACCUGCCAUCGAUCCAAAUGCACUUGACUGCAGCGUCUCCCACCAGGAGUGAGGCUCCAACCUCCCUACCGUGGCUCGUUUUCCCAGGAUCCUGGGAAGGCUGAGUGACCUGGAAGGCCUCCCCCUGGGCGGGGAGGGCCUGUCCUUUCACAGAUGGGAGCAACCCCAGGGCGAGUGGCCUUGGUGUUUA